UUAGUUUCCCUCGUCUCGUCUCGUCUCCUCUCUCACUCAAAACAGUCGCCUCCAUCCUUCUCUCUCUCCUUCUCUAAUAGCAAAUGCAGGCUGAGAAAACCCACACCAAAUUAAUCAAUAUCAAUAAUCACACCAGUCAACGCUGUAAUUUUGAUCACUUUUCUAGGGUUCGGGUGAUGGCAUCAGAGGAUGUGAAAGCAAGCGAGUCUGCUGUUUCUACGAUCGUGAAUCUCGCAGAAGAGGCUAAACUUGCUCGUGAAGGCGUUAAAGCACCGGGAACUGCCCUUCUUAAUAUCUGCAAGUCCCUUUUCGCUGGUGGUGUUGCCGGUGGAGUGUCACGUACAGCUGUUGCUCCCUUAGAAAGACUAAAAAUUCUAUUGCAGGUUCAAAAUCCUCACAGUAUAAAAUACAAUGGAACGAUUCAGGGUUUGAAAUACAUAUGGAGAACUGAGGGCUUAAGAGGGAUGUUUAAAGGAAACGGCACUAAUUGUGCUCGAAUUGUCCCAAAUUCAGCAGUCAAGUUCUUUAGUUACGAGGAAGCAUCCAAGGGAAUAUUAUGGCUUUAUAGGCGGCAAACUGGAAACGAUGAUGCACAGCUUACUCCUCUUUUACGUCUUGGAGCUGGUGCAUGUGCUGGAAUUAUUGCCAUGUCAGCAACUUACCCAAUGGACAUGGUUCGUGGUCGGCUAACUGUUCAGACAGACAAGUCUCCUCACCAGUAUAGAGGAAUCGCUCAUGCUCUCUCAACAGUCCUUAAGGAGGAAGGUCCCCGGGCUUUAUACAAAGGCUGGCUGCCUUCUGUAAUAGGAGUUAUACCAUAUGUGGGUCUGAACUUUGCUGUUUAUGAAUCUUUAAAAGACUGGUUGCUCAAAACGAAACCGUUUGGACUAGUUGAGGACAAUGAAUUGGGUGUGGCGACAAGGCUUGCAUGUGGGGCUGCUGCUGGAACUUUUGGCCAGACAGUUGCUUAUCCUCUCGAUGUAAUCCGACGAAGAAUGCAGAUGGUUGGCUGGAAGGAUGCUGCUUCAGUUGUCACUGGUGAUGGGAGGGGCAAAACAGCCCUUGAAUAUACUGGUAUGGUUGAUGCCUUCAGGAAAACAGUUCGUCAUGAGGGAUUUGGAGCAUUGUACAAGGGUUUGGUCCCCAAUUCAGUGAAGGUGGUCCCUUCGAUAGCAAUUGCUUUUGUGACAUACGAGAUGGUGAAGGACGUUCUUCGAGUUGAGACGAGGAUAUCUGACUGAACUAGUGAGAGGAAUAAAUUAUCCGACUUGCAAGGGAAAUGAAAGGAAAAACAAGGAGAGGGUCAGUUGUCGGGGAUUAUCUUACUUCGAGGUAGCGGGGAAGUUUAGAAGUUUAUUUUUAGAUAGUGUGAUAGAUACUGUGAACGUUUUUAUUUUUUAAAGUGUUUUAUUUAUUUAUAAAUAUAUUAAAAUAAUAUAUAUUUUAAAA